AUGGCACCAUCACCGGCGGCCGGUAAGGGUGCGAAGGGUGCUCCUGAGACACCCACGAAGGCAGGGAAAAACCCAGCUUCUUCGACUACGCCCACCUUGGGCAAAGCUGGCGAUCAAGCUAAAGAUACUGCUUCGUCUGCGCAAAAGAAAACGCCAGGGAGGCCACCUAAGCUUGGUGCGCCCAAGUCCAGCACACCAAAGGCUGGCACCAAAGAUUCUCCAAAGCUGCCGCCAAGACCGAAAGAGUCCGAUCAGCCGACUGAGGACGUCAAAGCAGGCGAAGAGUCGGAGGCCGACACCAGAAAGGUUGGCGAUAAUGAUCCUGAAGAAACUCCCGGUAAAAUUACACAGCAAGCCGGAGCAGAAAGCUCGGCUGCUGGUGACACUGACCUUAGCGAGGCAGCACCAGAUCCAGUUGACGAUGAUGCUGAUGAUGAGGACACUGUUGCAGGAGCAAAAGACACAGUUGACGACACCGCAGAUGAUGCUGCUGAUGAUGAAGGUGAAGAGACCGACACUGGUGAUGCUCAAGAUGUCCCCAGCGGCGCCCCAGGUGGCGCUACGUCAGCAGCCAACGGUGUUGCGGAUCAAGCCGAAAAAGCCAAAGACACUGCAGAUGACGGAGCUGACGAUGUAGCCGAUGGUGAACCAGCGGAAGCUGCUACAGAUGUCGCCAACGGUGCCAAAGAUACUGCAGAGGAUGCGGCAGACACAGCUGAAGACGCAGCAGACACAGCAGAAGACACAGCCGAAGACACAACCGAAGGUGCAGCAGACAAGCCAAAAGACACUGCUAAAGGUGCAGCAGACACAGCAGAAGACACUGCUGAAGAUGCAGCAGACAAGCCUGAAGACGCAGUAGACACAGCAGAGGACACUGCUGAAGACGUAGCAGACACGGCAGAGGACACUGCUAAAGACGCAGCAGACACGGCAGAGGAUACUGCUGAAGACGCAGCAGACACGGCAGAGGACACUGCUAAAGACGCAGCAGACACGGCAGAGGACACUGCUGAAGGUGCAGCAGACACGGCAGAGGACACUGCUAAAGACGCAGCAGACACGGCAGAGGACACUGCUAAAGACGCAGCAGACACGGCAGAGGACACUGCUAAAGACGCAGCAGACACGGCAGAGGACACUGCUAAAGACGCAGCAGACACGGCAGAGGACACUGCUAAAGACGCAGCAGACACGGCAGAGGACACUGCUAAAGACGCAGCAGACACGGCAGAGGACACUGCUAAAGACGCAGCAGACACGGCAGAGGACACUGCUAAAGACGCAGCAGACACGGCAGAGGACACUGCUAAAGACGCAGCAGACACGGCAGAGGACACUGCUAAAGACGCAGCAGACACGGCAGAGGACACUGCUAAAGACGCAGCAGACACGGCAGAGGACACUGCUGAAGGUGCAGCAGACACGGCAGAAGAUGAGGCUGAGGGUGCAGUCGACACGGCAGAAGACGAGGCUGAUGGUGCUCAGGACACCACUGAAAAGACUGCUGAUGGCGCCCAAGAAACAGCUGAGGGUGCUACCGAUGAAGUACCGGAAGGAGAAGAAGCAGUUGACGGCGUCAAGGAUGCCGCUGAUGACGCCGCUGAUGAAGCCGAAGAGGAUCUCCCAGAGGUUCCUCUUUCUAUUCUUCGCGGCCUUGAGGUUGGAGAAGGCGGAGUCAUCCUCGGCCCCGAUGGUGAGCCUCUUGGCCAGCUCGACGAAGGGGACCCAGAAGAUCUGAUCGGUCAGACUAUUGGCGAAGACGGCGAAAUCCUAGAUGAGGACGGAGAUGUCAUCGGGCGCUGCUCUAUCCUGCCUGAGAAGGCCAAAGAACUCGCACAGAAAGCCAAAGACGAAGCCGAGGCCGCCGAAGCUCCAGACCAGGCCGACGCUGCUGCUGAAGAAGCAGAAGAAACAGGAGAAGCAGGAGAAGCAGGAGAAGCAGGAGAAGCAGCGGAUCAGGCAAAGACUGAAAUCCCAGAUAUUGGUAUCCUGGAGGGUCUCAAGGUUGGUGAAGGUGGCGAAAUCCUUGAUAGUGAAGGCAAAGCCGUUGGUAAAAUUACUGAAGGUGAUCCAGAAGACUUCCUUGGCCAAGAAGUGAACGCCGACGGUGAAGUUUUAGAUGAGGAUGGAGAUGUCAUCGGCCGAGCCGAAGUUCUUCCCCAAGAAGUCAAAGAUGCUGGUGAAGAGCCGAAACCUGAUUUUUCGAUUGUGGAAGGCAGAAAACUCAAUAAGAAGGGAACCAUUCUUGACGAUGAAGGCGAGGUUCUAGCCAAGCUCGUUGAUGGAGAUCCAAAAGAAUGUGCCGGCAAGGUCCCCAAUGAAAAGGGAGAAAUUCUCAACGAUAAGGGUGAAGUUAUUGGCAAACUCGAAAUCGUGCAAGGAGACGCUGCCGAGGAGCUGAAACCUGAUCUUUCAAUUGUUGAAGGCAGGAAACUCAAUAAGAAGGGAACCAUUCUUGACGAUGAAGGCGAGGUUCUAGCCAAGCUCGUUGAUGGAGAUCCAAAAGAAUGUGCCGGCAAGGUCCCCAAUGAAAAGGGAGAAAUUCUCAACGAUAAGGGUGAAGUUAUUGGCAAACUCGAAAUCGUGCAAGGAGACGCUGCCGAGGAGCUGAAACCUGAUCUUUCAAUUGUUGAAGGCAGGAAACUCAAUAAGAAGGGAACCAUUCUUGACGAUGAAGGUGAGGUUCUAGCCAAGCUCGUUGAUGGAGACCCGAAAGAAUGUGCCGGCAAGAUUCCUAAUGAAAAAGGAGAAAUUCUCAACGAUAAGGGUGAAGUUAUUGGCAAAGUCGAAAUCGUGCAAGGAGAAGCUGCCGACGACGCUAUGAAAGAGUUGCACCCUGAACUUGUCGAAGCCGCAGCCGAUGAAGCCGCUGAUGGAACCGCAGAAGACGCCGCGGAAGACGCCGCAGAAGACGCCGCCGAUGAAGCUGCCGGCGAAACUGCCGAUGAAGCUGCUGAUGAAGCUGCUGAUGAAGCUGCCGAUGGCGUUCCAUCGAUCACGAUUCUUGAAGGCUUAAAGGUUAACAAGAAAGGUGAAGUCCUAGACGAGGAGGGCGAGCCGAUCGGCAGAUUGAUCCAAGGUGAAAUCACUGAUGUUGCGGGCAAGAGAAUCAACGAUAAGGGUGAGAUUGUUGACAAGGACGGUAAUGUCAUCGGCAAGGUCGAACUUCUUGAGAAAGCUGAACAAGCUGUGGAUGAAGCCCAGGAUGCGGCAGACCAAGCCAAGGAGGCUGCGGGCGAGACGGCUGAGCAUGGUCCCGAUUUUUCACUUGUUGAAGGUUUGAAGGUCAACAAGAAGGGUGAGGUGAUCAAUGAGGAUGGUGACGUGAUCGCUAGACUUGCCGAAGGUUACGACCUUGCCAGCGUGGCCGGCAAGAAGCUUAAUGACAAAGGUGAAGUCGUUGACUCCGAGGGUAAUGUGAUUGGCAAAGUCGAGAUGAUUCCUCAAGAAGGCGAAGAACCUGCCGAGGAUGAAGAUACCGGUCCCGAGCUCCCACCACUAUCGAUCCUAGACGGCCUGAAAUGCAACAAGUAUGGCAAAAUUGUCGAUUCCAACGGCAACCCUGUUGGCGAAUUGAUCGAGGGUGAUGCAAAGAGGCUGGCGAGGAUGGGCGCCACCUGCGACGCAGAGGGCCAGUUCUGGGACGGUAAAGGAAAGGUCAUUGGUAAGGCACGAACUCUUCCUCAAGAAGACGAUGAGGAAGAAGCACCUUUCGCAGGCCUGGAAGGCCUAAUUGUUGUCAAGGAUGGCUGGGUCGAGGACGUAAACGAAAACCGCGUUGGCAAGAUCGUUGAAGGCGACCCCAAAAAGCUCGUCGGUAGACAAGUUGACGAAGAUGGAGAUGUAAUUGAUAAACGAGGCAACGUUGUGGGCCAUGCUGAAAGAUACGAAGAGCCCGAGGAAGAGGAAGCACCACCUCCAGAUCUAUCAAUCCUCAAUGGCUUGACACUCAACAAGCAAGGUAAUGUCAUUGGACCCGACGGAGUGCCUAUCGCCCGCUUGGUUGAGGGAAAUGUCAAGGAACUCGCGGGCAAGAAGGUCGACGGUGAGGGGCAAAUCUGGAACGACGCUGGUAAAGUCAUUGGCCGUGUCGAGCUAAUCCCCGACAAUGAGCGAGAAGCUAAGCCUGAAGGACCAUUCGCCGGGCUGCAAGAUGUAGAAGUGGUGGAGGAUGGUCUCGUGCAAGAUCGUGACGGCCAUGUGGUUGGUAGAGUCGUUGAAGGUGAUCCAAAGAAGUUGAUCGGGCGCGCAGUUGAUGAGGAUGGUGAUAUCAUUGACAAAUAUGGGAACGUUAUCGGUCACUGCGAACCGUAUGAGAUUCCAGAGGAAGAAGUCGUUGAAGAAGAUCUGUCUUCGCUUGCAGGCAAAGUUGUCAACAAACAGGGUAACGUUGUUGAUGAGCACGGAACAAUCUUUGGUCGUAUCAAAGAAGGUGACCCGAAGGCAUUGGCUGGCCGCAAGGUGGAUGGUAAAGGUCAAAUCUGGAGCGACGACGGCAAAGUCAUUGGUUAUGCAGAGCUUAUCCCAGGCGGCGCGCGACAGAAGCCGGAUGGUCCAUUCUCUGGCUUCGAGACGAAAGUUGUUGUCGCAGAUGGAUUGGUCCAUGAUGGUGCAGGCGAGAUCAUUGGCCGCGUCAAAGAAGGUGAUGCAAAAGCCUUGAUGGGACGUUCUGUCGACGACGACGGGGAUAUCCUGGACAAUUCUGGCAACGUUAUUGGCAAGGCUGAGCGAUGGGAGCCAGAGAAGAAGGAGAGGCGCAUCAACCCAAUGUCCGGCCACAAGGUCAACAAGGAAGGAGAAGUUCGCGACGAAAAUGGCAAUCUCCUUGGUAAGCUCACCGAAGGUGAUCUGCGCACUGUUGUAGGUUUCGAGGUCGACGACAACGGCUACGUGGUUGACAAUGAUGGCAACCGUGUCGGAGCAUGCACCCUUAUUGAGAACCUACAAGAAGACGAAGGGCCAUCGGAAGAAGAGCUAGCCGCCGUGAGAGCAGAGGAAGAGAACAGAGAAAUUGCACGAAAGAUGUGUGGUAUUCUGCAACAGACAUUAGAGAAGAUGGAGCCAAUCCUGAAGCAAAUCACUGAGGCUGUUGAAAAAGCCGACCGCACACCCAAAGAGGAGCUCGACGAAGAAGAGCUCGUCAACCAAGUCAAACCUCUGCUCGAAGAGGGUGGCCGCAUCCUCCAGGAAUGCAAUGGCGCUCUUCGUGGUCUCGACCCCGAUGGCAGUAUCGCCGCCACCGCCAAAGCACGUGCUGCCCAAGGCGACGCUACACAAGAAGAGCACCGUCUGGCAGAACUGCUUAAGGAUUUGACAACAAAUGUGGUCAAGACGAUUGACAAUGCCAGGAAGAGGAUUGCGGACAUGCCACAUGCCAAGAAGAAGCUGAAUCCUCUAUGGGGAUUGUUGACCGAGCCGCUCUUCCAGAUCAUUGCCGCAGUGGGUUUGUUACUGAGUGGGGUACUUGGCCUUGUGGGCAAGUUGUUGAACGGCCUUGGGCUGGGUGGCCUUGUCAAUGGUAUCUUGGGUGGAUUGGGUAUUGACAAGCUGUUGGGCGGUCUUGGGCUGGGAAGUAUAGCUGAGAGUCUAGGAUUGGGAGGUGGUAAGAAGAAGAAGAAAUGA